GACACAGUCUCUGAUAACAAAAAGUAAUGUGAUCAAACGGCUCUAAAUAAUCGUGGUGUAAAACACUGAGGCACUACUCCUUUCUUUGCUGCUUCGUCCUUGUUCUGAGAAUUUGGGUGACUGAAACCGACCUUCUUCCUUCCUGUAAAACUUUCUCAACGUUCCUAAAAAAACCAAAAGAAUUUCACCAAAUUACAAUCUAGUCCCCCCAAAGUUUAGCUUCAGAUCCCAAACCCAUAUUCAAUUUCUCAUUUCUCUUCUAUCAAUUUGAACCUCUCUCUCUCAUGGAAAAAGAGGAGGAGAAGAAAUCUACGGGUGAUGAAAGCGUGGAUGUGAAUGAAGAAACUGAAGCAAUAGAGCUUAUUCUCUUCCAAGUCCCUGAAUGUUACGUCUACAUAAUUCCACCAAGGAAAAGUGCAGCUUCCUACAGGGCUGAUGAGUGGGAUGUCAACAAAUGGGCAUGGGAGGGCAUGUUGAAAGUUAUUAGCAAGGGAGAAGAAUGCAUUAUCAGACUUGAAGACAAGGCCACAGGUGAACUAUAUGCUCGGGCUUUUUUGAGAAAUGGUGAGCCACAUCCAGUGGAACCUGUAAUUGAUAGCAGCAGAUAUUUUGUUCUUCGCAUAGAAGAGAACAUUGGUGGUCGUCUUCGGCAUGCUUUCAUUGGCUUAGGGUUUCGAGAAAGAACAGAAGCUUAUGAUUUCCAAGCAGCCCUGCAUGAUCACAUGAAAUAUCUGAACAAAAAGAAAACUGCAGAAGAGAUGGAACAACAUUACCAGCAGGCUUCUUCAGUAGAUUACAGUUUAAAAGAUGGCGAGACUCUUGUGCUCCAACUGAAGAGCAACAAAAGUGGUAGUUGUGUGAAGUCAAAAUUUUUUGACCAGAGUUUGAACAAUUCCUCGGAGGAAAAGGGUAACCGGAAAGAGUCCAUAAUUCCGAUCAAACCACCACCUCCUCCCCCAGCACCACUUUCUCCUGCUGUUACUGUCCAGAAGUCUCCAACAAAUGGGCCACCAAAUUUCAAUCUUGAGGGAACUUCCAAAGAUGAGUCCCCAGAAUCAACAAAAGAAGAGGCUAAAGAGCUAACUUCUUCUGAAAGUCACAGCCAACAGGAUAUAGCAGAUGAUGAUUUUGGGGAUUUUCAAGCAGCUGGGUCACAUGGUCUAUGAUACUGAUAUUUUAUACUUGUGUUCAAAUUCUUCCCUGGUUUUAAUGGUUUGGGAUUUGUGAUAGCUUAGGUACUUACAUUUCAAAAUUUCCUACGGUCUGGUAAAUAUCUGGUAAAUACUACACAAUUUGGAGUUAGAUAGAGACUGAACUUUGAUGAUGCGAGUCAUUUUAUUUAUUUGUUUCUUACAAGAUCCAGUUUAUGGGGAAUGCAAACCGCCUUUCCUU